UGGGGAAAUAGCGGAUGACGUUGGCCAGGUUGCCCCUCCAAAAGGACAGUACGCCCUGCUCCCUGGGGAUGCACACGACGCAGUCCACAAUGCCCUUGUACUGCUUAUCCGCCGCAAUCUGCUUGCUCGCAUGCUGCACCUGCAGCAGCAGCUUGACCCUCUCGAUUGGGGCCAGCGCCGUCUUGGAGUUGGCGGCAGCGAUGCCCCCGGCCAGGAAGUCCUUGGCGAAGGAGAUGGCCUGUUCCGUCACGGUGGUGGCACAGGCGAACAGCCGGAGAGCAGGCGCGGAGGACAGAGGGAAGGCACCGCUGACUCAGCACUGCCACAGCUAGGACCUAAAGAGUUAUCUCCUGCAACCCAAGCCCAGAACGACUACAGACUACAGCAAAAAGCUUCUUCUUCCAGGCAUUCUCUUUUGUGCUAUGUGGCAAUAGCUUUGGGGGUUCUGACUGUGAUUCUUACAAGUCUGCUGCUAUCCCAAUGGAUUCUGUGCCAGGGCACCACCUAUUCCACUUGUGUCAGCUGUCCUAGCUGCCCAGACCUCUGGAUGAGAUAUGGUAACUAUUGUUAUUAUUUCUCAGCGGAGAAAAAGGACUGGAAUUCUAGUCAAGAAUUCUGCUUAGCCAAAGAUGCACAUCUCCUUGUAUCUACAGACACCCAGGAAAUGAGCUGGCUCAAAGAUUUCCUCAGUAAAGGCUUUUAUUGGAUUGGCUUGAGAAACAAUUCUGGCUGGAGGUGGGAAGAUGGAUCAGUUCUAAACUGCUCAAGGAUUGUUUCUAAUAGCUUGGUACAGACUUGUGGUACCAUCAGCAAAGAUAGCUUCCAAGCCUCUAGCUGUGAAGUUCCUUUACAGUGGAUCUGUAAGAAGAUCAGACUUUGAUGGUGGACAUGUGGUCCUGACCCUUGGACCUCUUAUGUAUCCUUAAAGAGAGGGAUACUCUUUUUAGAGUAUCCCCGGGCACUUUUUAGAGUAUCAGUAGCCCCUGGGCAUUGCGACAGCCAUGAGUGUAUAUUUAGCAAAUGCUGAACUUUCUCAGACAUGGCAUUGAAAGUAAGAUUAAUGUAGCCUCCUAGAGACUGAUGCUUUACUAGUGGAUUCCCUUUGAAAAUAUUUGGAUAUUAUGUUAACCAUUUAAAGACCAAAUCUAGGCAAAUUUGUGAAAUGAAUUUUGGUUUAAGUAUUUCUCAGUCUGCUAACUGAUGCUGCCUCUCUCAUCCCUACCCCACCAUUCCUAUCAAAAAUGUGCCUUUUCCGUGUUAUAUUCUGAGCUAAUCUGAUGAAAUCUGUACCAAUAUAUGCUACCAUUGUUGUACUUAGAGGGGUUUCUUCUGGACUGGUGGUUACUGUGUUACUUCUUCCUGAGGAUAUAUUUUUGUGCUAAUAGUGACCCUUUACAGAUUAAUCUUUAUUCUAAAGAACAAUGCCAAUGGCAAGAAUAUAAAGUGUGCAACAUGGGUAAGGGUGGGGAAGUUCCUGCUUCUCACCCCUUCACACUUACAUGAAGACUGGUUGAUUGCAUUUUUUUUCUGAGUAUACAUAAGUGUGAAUAAACCAACGUGUGACUAAAUAUUUUCCUUGCUGUGAAUGUGUGAUUUGCAUAGUAAUUUCAUAAUAGUGGGCAAUCAGAGGAGGCAUUUUCACAGAGGAAAGUUUACAGAAGCAGUGUAUGUGGUUGGGCAUUAUUCUGUCUCAAAAGUGAGAAAAAUUUUAUUAUUUCUCCUUGGUAGAGUUUGGACAUAGACAAGGAGAGAAGGACAAAGAUGUAAGAGGCAGUAAUGAAGGAGACCAUAAUUCCAUAGUGUUGAUGACACUGGAUCAUAAUCUGUCAUUAUUUUUUUCUUUUUUUCUUUCCUUGCUUUUUGUUGUUGUUGUUGAGACAGUGUCCCACCUCUAUGCCCUGAGCAGAGUGCAAUAGCAUCAUAGCUCACUGCAACCUUAGACUUGGACUGUGGGUAUCCUGCUGCCUUAGCCUCCGGAAGCCAUUGGUAUUACAGGUGCUCGCCGCAGUGUCUGGUUGGGUUUUUCAUUUUUUUUAUGAGUCGGGGUCUCACUCUUGCUCAGACAAGUCUUGAACUCCUGAGCUCAAGCAAUUCUCUGUCAUUAUUUUUCAUAGGUUUGUAGAACAUGGAUUGUAUCUUAUCCACCAGUGUAUCCCAGACACCUAAGAUAGUG